GCCGCCGCCGGGUCCCGGAGCUCCCUACGCGGAGCCCUCUGCGGGCAGCAGCUGCUGAUCCUCCUGACUUUGAGUUUUGCUUGUGAAGCCUGCAGAAAGGUUAUAUUUAAUGUACCUUCUAAACUAGAGGCAGACAAAGUGGUUGGCAGAGUUAAUUUGAAAGAGUGCCUCAGGUCUGCAGACCUCAUCCAGUCAAGUGAUCCUGAUUUCAGAGUUCUAGGUGAUGGGUUAGUAUACACUACCCAUGCUGUUGUGUUUUCUGAGGAGAAAAGGACCUUCAUCAUAUCGCUUUCUGACACGAAGAAGCAGACUCAGAAAGAGAUUAAUGUGCUCCUGGAACAUCAGAAGAAGGUAUUAAAGAAAAGACAUGCUAAAGAAACUGUUCUUAGGCGUGCCAAGAGGAGAUGGGCACCUAUUCCUUGCUCAAUGCAAGAGAAUUCGUUGGGACCUUUUCCUUUGUUUCUGCAACAAGUUCAAUCUGAUGCAGCACAGAACUACACUGUCUUCUACUCAAUAAGUGGGCGAGGAGUUGACCAAGAACCUUUAAAUUUAUUUUUCAUAGACAGAAACAGUGGAAAUCUAUUUUGUACCCGACCUGUGGAUCGUGAAGAAUAUGAUGUGUUUGAUUUGAUUGCCUAUGCGUCGACUGCAGAUGGGUACUCAGCAGAUACACCUCUCCCACUGCCCAUCAGAGUAGAGGAUGAAAAUGACAAUGCCCCUGUUUUUACAGAAAAAAUUUAUAAUUUCGAAGUUCUGGAAAGUAGUAGACUUGGUACUACAGUGGGGACUGUUUGUGCCACAGACAGAGAUGAACCGGACACCAUGCACACACGCCUGAAGUACAGCAUUUUGGAGCAGACGCCAAGAUCACCUGGGCUCUUUUCUGUGAAUCCCAGCACAGGCGUGAUCACCACAGUCUCUCAUUACAUGGACAGAGAGGUUGUAGACAAGUACACAUUAAUAAUGAAAGUACAAGACAUGGAUGGUCAAUUUUUUGGAUUGAUUAGUACAUCAACUUGUGUCAUAACAGUAAAAGACUCAAAUGACAAUGCACCUACCUUUAGACAAAACGCUUAUCAAGCAUCAGUAGAGGAAAAUGCAUACAAUGUGGAAAUCUUACGAAUACCCAUAGACGAUAAGGAUUUAAUUAACACUGCCAAUUGGAGAGCCAAUUUCACCAUUUUAAAGGGAAAUGAAAAUGGGCAUUUCAAAAUGACUACAGAUAAAGAAACUAAUGAAGGUGUUCUCUAUGUUGUAAAGCCACUAAAUUAUGAAGAAAAUCAUCAAGUGAUUCUAGAAAUUGGAGUAACAAAUGAAGCUCCAUUUACCAGAGAUAUUGCAACAAGAAUUAUAACUAUGAACAGAGCCUUGGUUACAGUUCACGUGAAGGAUCAGGAUGAAGGGCCUGAAUGUGUCCCUGCAGCCCAAUAUGUGCGGAUUAAGGAAAACUCAGAAGUAGGGUUAAAGAUCAAUGGCUACCAGGCGUAUGACCCCGAAACUAGAAACAGCAAUGGCUUAAGGUACAAAAUAUUGCAUGAUCCUAAAGGGUGGAUCAGCAUUGAUGAAUUUUCAGGUUCAAUCACAACUUCCAAAGUCCUGGACAGGGAAGCUAUCACUCCUAGGAAUGAGUUAUAUAAUAUUACAGUCCUGGCGAUGGACCAAGAUGGCAGAUCAUGUACUGGCACACUGGCAGUGAACAUUGAAGAUGUGAAUGAUAACCCACCAGAAAUACUUCAAGAUUAUAUAGUGAUUUGUAAAUCAAAGAUGGGGUACACUGACAUUUCAGCUGUUGAUCCCGAUGAACCUGCCCAUGGAGCUCCGUUUUAUUUCAGUUUGGGAAACACCUCUCCAGAAAUCAAUAAAAUUUGGACACUUACCAAAAUUAAUGAUACAGCUACCCGUCUUUCAUACCAGAAAAAUGCUGUAUUUCAAGAAUAUGCCAUUCCUAUUACUGUAAAAGACAGAGCAGGUCAACAGGCAACAAAAAAUUUGAGAGUUAACUUGUGUGACUGUACUCACCCGAGUCAGUGUCGUCAGACUAUGAGGAGUGCAGGAGCAACACUUGGAAAAUGGGCAAUCCUUGCGAUACUGCUGGGGAUAGCACUACUGUUUUCUGUAUUGCUAACCUUGGUAUGUGGAUUUGUUGCUGCUGGAAAAGGAAAACGUUUUCCAGAAGAUUUAGCACAGCAAAACUUAAUUAUAUCAAACACAGAAGCACCUGGAGAUGACAGAGUGUGUUCUGCCAAUGGUUUUGUGACCCAGACUGCCAACAACACUUGCCAAGGCUUUUGUGGUACCCUGGGAUCAGGAGUUAAAAAUGGAGGACAGGAGAUCAUUGAAAUGGUGAAAGGAGGACAUCAGACCUUGGAGUCCUGCAGGGGGGUCGGGCACCAUCAUCACACCCUGGAUUCCUGCAGGGGAGGACACGUGGAGGUGGACAACUGCAGACACACCUACUCCGAGUGGCACAGUUACACUCAGCCCCGUCUCAGUGAAGACUCCAUUAGAGGACACACUGGUUAAAAAUUAAACAUAAAAGAAAUUGCACAUAUGUAAUCAGGAUCAACAUCACAUGCCAUCUCAAGAUUAUGUCCUCACGUAUAACUAUGAAGGGAGAGGAUCGCCCACCGGUUCUGUGGGGUGCUGCAGUGAGAAACAGGAAGAAGAUGGACUU